UUUCAAUUUUUUUUGUUUUUAAUUUCAUUUACUUUAUUUGUUAUAUAUAUUAGGAAUUUUUGUUAUUUGUUAUAUAUUUCGUGCUUGUAUUUCACGGAUCCAAAUCCAGCACAAGGGAAAAGCAUAUAUGUUAUCUCAAAUUCCUAAGAUGUGAUUAAAGAGCUCAGAUACUUGUAAAUGAAUGAUUUUUUCCUUGUGUUCUAGCUCAUUUGGUUGGGCAAGCUUGCUCUUGAGCCAACAACUUAUUUCUGAUUAAAUACUUGUUUAUACUAACUAGCUUAGAGGUAAUAUGCAAAGUUCUACAAAUUUGUUGCCCUUACUUAUCCUUUAAAUUUCUGGUGUUAAUACUAGUGAUGUAUGUUCUAUUAUAUUCAAAUAAUAUGCUGGUUGAUUUUAUAUACUGGUAGGUAAUUAAAUUUUAUCUCUGGACAUUCAUUUAGCAUACCUUGAGAGUGUGAAUGUGUCAUAUUACUGAUUUAGGUGCUUUAGUGAGAAGCUUAUUUACAGGUAUUUACCCAUGAAAUUUCUUGUUUCUAUUAGGCUGUUAGAGUAUUUGCUAAAUUCAUAACCUUCCUACUCAUUAAAACACAGGAACAAGGACGAGAUAUAAGUCUCUUCUAUGACUUUCCAAAGAGUGGAAACUUGUGGAAACUUCAAAGAGUGGAAACUUGUGGUGAACGAAAUUGUCCGAUUCACAAAGGUGGAUUUUACCUCAUUGGUUGUUAGGCCAUUGCGGUAUUGUGCUAUGUUUGAUUUUAGGCAAUUAAAUGUACAGAAUAGGCCGAGUAGGUUUUAGGCAAUUAAAUGUACAGAAUAUCAUGCUCUAUGCUAUUUGUAGUGGUUUAUUUAUUUCAAUGAUGAUGUGAAUUUCUUUUGAAACAAGUUUCUUGGUAUUGGCAAUUGUGAGACUUGACUACUAGUCCACUACUCUAAAACUAUAAUAAUUUGGGAAUUUGAUUGCUGAUUUUUUGAUAUAUGUGGUUACACAGCUCUAGAAUAUGAGAUUUUAACUACAAUUUAUGUUGUCUGUAUAUAAUGGAGAGGAGGUGCCCUUUUAAGCACAAUAAGAAAUCCAGGUUAGUGAUUCUUCCUUUAGCUUUUGAUUUUUCUACAGUUUUGACUUGUGGUAGUUGUCAAACUGAAUCUUUUGGUUGCCCGGGUUCCCAGUUUGGUGCGAAUCUUAUAAGAUUGUGUUUCUAUAUUUAUUAUUUUGAAUAGCACUAUGAAUGAUUUGGGGAUUAAAGUUUUUCAUUGUCUCUGCUAAUUUUUAGUAUUUUUUUAGGUGGGUUUGCAAUCAAGAGAAAGGAUUGUGGUGGAAAAUUUGCAAAGAGAAUUCAAUGUGCUGCAUAGCCACUGGAACUCAGGUAAAGGGUGAAAUGUCAUUUGCAUACAGACCUUCACAUGUAGAUGCAACUUAUGACUUCAAAUAUGGAGUAAGAUCAGUAAAGGGUGGUGGCAGAUCUUCAGCAAGAGAAACCAUUGGAAGAGUUGCUGCUGGAGCAGUUGCAAAGAAAAUUCUCAAACAGUACUGUGGAACUGAGGUGGGUUACUCUCUCCUUCAAGGUUCCUGGAAUACCUUCAGGCUUCAACUAUAAGCAUAUGCUCUUAUUAUUACCUUGGUUUGAUAUAUAUAUAGAUGUAGACUCCAUUCUGUGUUGGUGAAAUUUAAUCUUAUAAGCAUGUGAAUUAAGAGCUCAUAUCUAUAUUUCCACAGAUUGUGAGAUUUAUUGCUUUUAUUAAUUUUGAUAUUAUAAAUAU